AUGGAACCUACCAACCUUGGAUACUCAACUAAGAACAUACCUAUCGCGCAGCCAAAGGAAUACUUGAAAUGUUUGGUCGAGAAAACAGAAUCAUUCCUACGACGCGUCAGAUGGAAAGCAUACCAUUUUUUAAAGCCAACACAAUCUGAGCCUACCAAAGAAACAUUCGGGUUUAAUACAACUAAAUCCCCACCGCCAACCAAAGAGCUAGAAGCAUUUGAAGGCAAGAUGCUUUCACUUAUCCAGAACGUCCAAUUUAAAAACCACCACGCCGAAUUCCAGGACAAACUAUCACAGGACUUGUCAAAACUUAGAGCAGACGAGAAACUACUUGUUGCUGCCGAUAAAACCACAAAUUUCUACCGUUUGGACGCCCCCACAUAUGACAA